UCUUAUGGACGACAGUGCCAAUCCCACUAGUGACGUGACAACAAGAACAGGAUCGAGCACAGCAGUUGUUCCCUCGUCAAGUACUACUCUUCCUGCGCGGCCUUUAUCUUUCGACGAACGCAUCGCUUCUAUGAACGCCAUCUGGCUGAGACAGUACUUGCUCCUCACUAUCCUCGCUUUUGCCCUCAUCGCUUUCACCAGGUUUUCCUUCGCUUUUGUCUGCACCAGAGCUGGCAAAGCGCUGUUUAACGACAUGCUCCACAGCGUACUACGGGCUCCGACCCACUGGUUUGACCAGACUCCCUUGGGUAGGAUAACCAGUCGGUUCUCUUUCGACACGGAAAAUUUGGACAUUGUCCUCUUGUCGAAGGUGUAUCCAGCAACGGUUUGCGUUUCUUGGGUGCUCGGCGCGCUGUUCGUGAUCAUGAAAGUGCUGUUUCCCUGGAACCUCCUUCUAUUAUGACUCAACUUUCAUUGCUCAUCGGGGUUCCUCACUGAGAUCGAAGAGGCGACCUCGCCUUGAGAGUAGCACAGCGGAGAUAAAUGAAGGGAAAGUAGGGGACAGCUUUGAAGGGGGUCGCUAACGCUAUCUCUUCCGUUCAGAGAGAGUCAUGAUGACCAAUGAAUGCUGCGCUUUUGCUUUAAUUCUGCUUCCGAUGUUCGUCGGCGGCAGCCUCUUCCUACUGAGAACGGCCAGAGUCGGCAUUCUUCAGAUGCAACGACUCGACAACAAUUCUCGCAGUCCGAUUGCCUCUUUGACGGCAGAGACACUGCAAGGACGACUCGUCAUCCAGGUCUUCAAGCGGCAGGGAGACUACAUGCGACGGUUGUCGUCUCUACUAGACGACAACACCAGGGCUAUGUGCGCAUUCAACCUCGCCUCUCGCUGGCUAGGUGUGCGGAUCGAAAUCACGGUGGCAAGCAAUACUUUCCUGGUCAUUUGCGGUUGUCUCUGGCUAGACCUACCACCCGAAGCCUUUGGCUAUGCCCUGGUCUGGUGCAACUGUCUUGCGAUAGCCAUGGCGUUUUUGAGUAUCAACAUUUCUGCGGCUGAGGCUGCGUUUACAAGUGUAGAACGGGUCGCAGAGUACAGCAAAUUGGAGAAAGACGGACUGCACAUGGAAAUGGACAGAGGCGAGGGAGGAGGAUCAGCCUUGGCGUUGUAUCGAACUGGAUCUUCGCAAGUUAAUGUUAAGAGGUUGAUGAUGUGUAGUAAGUACAAGUAG